GGCGCUGUUGUCGCUCUCCAUACCCAUAAGCGGGGGAGUGAGAGGUGCAUGAAAUGGAGAAAAAUGGCGGAUCAUGUGCAGGGCCUUGCCCAGCUGGAGAUCCUGUGUAAGCAGCUGUACGAGACCACCGACACCGCCGUCCGACACCAGGCAGAGAAAGCUCUGGUCGAGUUCACCAACAGCCCCGACUGUCUCAGCAAAUGUCAGCUGCUGCUGGAGAGAGGCAGCUCGUCGUAUUCUCAGCUGCUCGCUGCCACCUGUUUGUCUAAACUGGUCUCUCGAACCAGCAACCCUCUACCGCUCGAGCAACGCAUCGACAUCCGGAACUAUGUUCUGAACUAUCUGGCCACGCGGCCGAAGUUAGCGGCGUUCGUGACCCAGGCGCUGAUCCAGCUCUACGCCCGGAUCACCAAACUGGGCUGGUUCGACUGUCAGAAAGAUGACUACGUCUUCAGAAACGUCAUCGCCGAUGUGACGCGCUUCCUACAGGAUAGCGUUGAACACUGCAUCAUAGGGGUGACCAUCCUGUCCCAGCUGACCAAUGAGAUCAAUCAGGCGGACACAACGCAUCCCCUGACCAAACACAGGAAGAUCGCGUCAUCAUUCAGAGACUCCUCCCUCUUCGACAUCUUCACUCUCUCCUGUAACCUCCUCAAACAGGCCUCGGGGAAGAACCUGAACCUGAACGAUGAGUCCCAGCACGGUCUGCUGAUGCAGCUGCUCAAACUCAGCUACAAUUGCCUCAACUACGACUUCAUAGGAACUUCCACAGACGAGUCGUCGGACGACCUCUGCACCGUACAGAUCCCCACGUCAUGGAGAUCAGCGUUUCUCGAUUCCUCCACCCUGCAGCUCUUUUUCAAUUUAUAUCAUUCCAUCCCUCCAUCCCUCUCCCCGUUGGUGUUGUCAUGUCUAGUUCAGAUCGCCUCUGUGCGGCGGUCUCUCUUCAACAACGCAGAGCGAGCGAAGUUUCUGUCACAUUUGGUGGAUGGAGUGAAGAGGAUACUGGCGAACCCACAGUGUUUGCCGGAUCCGAACAACUACCACGAGUUCUGCCGUCUGCUGGCGAGGCUGAAGAGUAACUACCAGCUGGGGGAGCUGGUCAAAGUAGAAAACUACCCUGAAGUCAUUCGACUCAUAGCGAACUUCACCGUCACCAGUCUGCAGCACUGGGAGUUUGCCCCCAACAGCGUUCACUACCUGCUGAGUCUGUGGCAGCGUCUGGCGGCGUCGGUCCCCUACGUCAAAGCCACCGAACCUCACCUGCUGGAGACCUACACCCCCGAGGUCACCAAGGCCUACAUCACAUCGCGGCUGGAGUCGGUGCACGUCAUCCUCAGAGACGGGUUGGAAGACCCCCUCGAUGACGCCGGCCUGGUGCAGCAGCAGCUGGACCAGCUGUCCACCAUCGGGAGGUGCGAGUACGAGAAGACGUGCGCUCUGCUGGUGCAGCUGUUCGACCAGGCGGCUCAGACCUACCAGGAGCUGCUGCAGUCCACCAACUCCAGCGCCGCAGACAUCACUGUGCAGGAGGGUCGCUUGACGUGGUUGGUUUAUAUAAUCGGGGCAGUGAUCGGUGGACGGGUGUCGUUCGCCAGCACAGAUGAGCAGGACGCCAUGGACGGAGAGUUAGUCUGUCGGGUGCUCCAGCUGAUGAACCUGACCGACUCUCGGUUAGCUCAGGCCGGGAACGAGAGGCUGGAGCUCGCCAUGCUCAGCUUCUUCGAGCAGUUCAGGAAGAUCUACAUCGGAGACCAGGUGCAGAAAUCCUCAAAGCUUUAUCGACGACUAUCAGAAGUUCUGGGCUUGAACGACGAGACGAUGGUGCUCAGUGUGUUUAUAGGGAAAAUCAUCACGAACCUGAAGUACUGGGGCCAGUGUGAACCAAUCACCUCCAAGACACUCCAGCUACUGAACGACCUCUCGUUAGGAUAUCCUUCCGUGAGGAAGCUGGUGAAGCUCAGUGCCGUGCAGUUCAUGUUGAAUAACCACACGAGCGAGCACUUCUCCUUCCUCGGCGUGAACAACCAGUCCAACCUGAGCGACAUGAGGUGUCGGACCACCUUCUACACCGCGCUGGGACGCCUGCUGAUGGUCGAUCUGGGCGAGGACGAGGACCAGUUCGAACAGUUCAUGUUGCCCUUGACGGCUGCGUUUGAAGCUGUGGCUCAGAUGCUGAGCACAAACACCUUCAAUGAGCAGGAAGCCAAGCGGACUCUGGUGGGUUUGGUCCGAGACCUGCGGGGCAUCGCCUUCGCCUUCAACGCCAAGACCAGCUUCAUGAUGCUGUUUGACUGGAUAUAUCCGGCCUACAUGCCCAUCCUGCAGCGCGCCAUCGAGCUGUGGUACCACGACCCAGCAUGCACCACGCCUGUCCUCAAACUAAUGGCUGAACUCGUUCACAACAGAUCUCAGCGGUUACAGUUUGACGUGUCGUCGCCCAACGGCAUCCUGCUGUUCAGAGAAACCAGCAAGAUGAUCACCACCUACGGGAAUCGUAUCCUGACGUUGGGGGAAGUCCCGAAGGACCAGGUGUACGGCGUGAAGCUGAAGGGGGUCAGCGUGUGCUUCGCCAUGCUGAAGGCGGUGCUCAGCGGGAACUACGUCAACUUCGGGGUCUUCCGUCUCUACGGCGACGACGCCCUGGACAACGCCCUGCAGACCUUCAUCAAACUACUGCUGUCCAUCCCCCACAGUGACUUACUAGACUACCCGAAGCUCAGCCAGUCCUUCUACUCUCUGCUGGAGGUGCUGACUCAGGACCACAUGAACUUCAUCGCCAGCCUGGAGCCUCACGUCGUCAUGUACAUCCUGUCCUCCAUAUCGGAGGGACUCACCGCGCUCGACACGAUGGUGUGCACGGGCUGCUGCUCCAGUCUGGACCACAUAGUGACCUACCUGUUCAAACAGCUGUCCCGCUCCACGAAGAAACGCCCCACUCCCAUGGCGACGGACGAUCGCUUCCUGCACAUCAUGCAGCAGCACCCGGAGAUGAUCCAACAGAUGCUGUCCACAGUUCUAAACAUCAUCAUCUUCGAGGACUGUAGGAACCAGUGGUCGAUGUCACGGCCUCUGUUAGGCCUCAUCCUGCUCAACGAAAAGUAUUUCGCUGACCUGAGGAACAGCAUCGUCAACAGUCAGCCCCCAGAGAAGCAGCAAGCCAUGCACUUAUGUUUCGAGAACUUGAUGGAGGGAAUAGAGAGAAAUCUACUAACGAAGAACCGGGACAGGUUCACUCAGAACUUGUCGGUGUUCAGGAGGGAAGUCAACGACAGCAUGAAGAACUCGACAUACGGCGUCAACAGCAACGACAUGAUGAGCUGACAUUCCACACAGCAGAGUCUUACCCAGCUGCAGACAGAGCUCACCCCUCCCCUCACCCCCCCACUCGCUCCUCCACAGCCUCCCUCCUCCUGCCUCCCCUCCCCUCCCCUCUCUGCAUCAGUCCCCCCCCCCUGGGCCCGGAUGCCUGGGGAUCAUCUCCUCACCCCGAUACACGACGUUCGGGAUCGUUGAUUAACUUCAGCGAGCAACCCCACCCCCUCCCCCCUACAUACCCCCCCCCCCCCUCCUCCCUCCUCCUUUUUGAUAUAAGCAUAUAUAAAUAUAUACAGAUCUAUUUUAAAGCCAGUCUGCGUUGGUCUGACUCGUCUGGCUGUCCUAACAGAGGGGGGGUCGCAUGUCUAAGCACUCUGAUCACUCACAGAGGAAGGAGAGUGCUGUGGAGGUAGACGGAGGUGAGGUGGGGGUGAGGUGAGGUGAGGAAUGCUGGUAAACGUAGUAAUCCGCUUCUGCCUGCCUUGUAUAGAAAAACACACAAAAAACCAAGUGUACAUUUUUUUUCGUAACAUUUUGAACAAUGUUUAUAAUGAUCGAAUUUAAAACACAGAGGUGACGUUGAGGAAAAACAAACAAAAAAACCCACAAAAAAAACAAAACAAAAACUGUGUGAUUGAGCUUUUUACAGUGUAGUGAGUUAGUGCAACUGUCUGUCUGCGUGGGGGGCGAGCGGGAGGAUGGGGGGGGGCGGACGGAGGAGCGCUCAGGCUGCAGAGCUGUCACGACGAGGAGGAAGCAGAGGUACACACACUAACAGGAAGGGAGAGUCAGAGCAUCCAUGUUGUACAUUUUUCUCAGUCUCUGGUUGAAGUGAUGUAAAUAGCCACGUUGACCCGGCGGCAGCAGGGCGGCGCUUUAAAGGGACAGUUCUGCUAUUUAUCCACCCGGGUCUCACGACUGUGUCCGGUCCGACUCCGAGUCGUUAAGAAACGAGCUGCUGUCAAACCUGAGCCUCUAAGAGUUUAACUCACAACAACAACAACAACAACAAGAUAAAAACUUAAACACAUGAAAACAAAUAAAAUGUUAAAACUGACACAAACACCAGAGAUGGAUCAUUUCAAACUGGAGCGGAGUCAUCGAUCAAUAGAAAAUAAUCAACAGUUUUGAUAGUUGAUUCAUCAAUUCAGUUUCUCACGUGAAAAUAAACUUGUUUUCUCAUCAAUUAAACAUCUUCAUGUUUUUGAUUGUUGGUCGUUAAAACGACGAGACGUUUGACAUUUCAUAAACUAAUUGAUAAACUGAUGAUCAGGUUAACUGUCAAUCAGCUUUGCUCAUCAUUUCAAACUCACACGAAAUCCAGUCGUCAAAAUGGUUUGAUUGAUUUUCUGUCAAUCAGUGAAUCUACUAAAGGUUUCCACUUCAAACCAACAGUCGAAAUAUAAAAUAUCAGAAAAACAAGCCACAGAAACGUUACAUCAAAGUAAUUAGGUGGAUUUGAUGUGAAUAGAUUGAUGAACUAAUUAUUUCUUGAUCAGCAGCACAAAGAUCUUCAGUUUAAUGUCAGCGGACAGAACUUCACACGCUCACAAAAUCUUUUCAUUAGACAGUUUCUCCUGAAUCGACGGAUCGUUUCAGCUCCUCUUCACAGUUCACUGUCACAUGGAGCAGCAACAAUCAGUCGAUUCAUUGAUUAGUCCAUCAACAGAAAAUUCAUCUUUAAUUUUUUUUUAAGUAAAAAUUUCUCAUUCCAGUUUCUCAAAAGUUUGGAUUCAGUUUUUUUUUCGGUGUGAACUGAACACAACAAACAUUUUUCACGUUCGUCUGAUGUUCGAUCGAGGAAAACGAUCAGUCACCAGAUUAAUCAAUAAAGACAAGCGGCAGAUCUUCACAUCAGAGUGGAAGCGGUUAAUAAUCAUGACGUCUGGAUUUCUUGGUGAUGAAAGUUGCUGAUGGUUUUAGUCGCAGCUGUGGUUUGAAAUGAUUCGUGUGAAGUUGAAGUUUCGGUGGUUAAACUCGUGGUUAAACUCGUGGAGGUUCACUUCCUGUCCUGAUAUAAAAUGUCUAGUCACGUUUUCUGUCCGUCUCCUCGGGCAGCGACACUGAGCCAGAACGGGCACAAUUACGAGGUUGGAAAAUGCCGUCAUUUUCCCUUUAUAACGUCCGUCUGGUCCGGCCCAGCUCCGGCCCAGCUCCGGCCCAGCUCCGGCUUUCUCCUCUAAAUCAAAGUGGCGCACGAGGCGCCGGCGUCCUGGAGGCCUCGUGUUCACACACUCGCUUGUUUCCCUGCGACGAUGGGCGUGUAAGCAACAUGGUCGCGGCUACAUUUUCCCCUCUGGUAGGCUGGGUGCAGUUUCCACCAUUUUGUUUACACUCUGGAUUCCUUGGACCAGGUUUUGGGACUGCCCCCCCCCCCCUUUUUAGGUCCUGCAGUGGAGUCCUUUUGGUGUGUGUGUGUGUGUGUGUGUGUGUGUGUGUGUGUGUGUGUGUGUGUGUGUGUGGUGUUGUCUGUGUGUGUGUGAGAGUGUGUGUGAAGUGGCUCUCUGUUGCCUGGUGUGUGUGUGUGGCGUCUCAUGGUGCUCGUGAUGGAGCUCAAACAGCCAAGGUCUGUGCCACCGUACAGGACAAAAUAUUAAUAUUAAUGAUGAUGAUGAUGGAGGGAAACGGAGCGUCGUUCAUCAGGCCAUCAGAGCUCCCUUGAAGGAUCCAGUUUAGUUUUAAAUCUCUGAAGAAUCUUGUAUUGAACCUUGGUAGGAGUCAGAACAGUGUAAAAAGAGAAGCAGGAAGUGGAGUCUAUUAGCAACUUGUGUUACUCUCUACGAUGUUGCUGCUAACUGUUUGUGACAACUAGCUCAUCUCUAACCAUGUCAGCACUCAUGGAUGUUUAUUGAGUUCCUAAUUUUUUGGUUUGUGUCCCUGAUGUGAAUGUGUUGGGUCCAUAGAGUGAGUAGCUGUUUGAGUUGUUUGGAUGUCUGCUACAUAUAGUGUAAGCAUUGUGACUGCAAAUAAACCUCAUUGAUUUUUA